GGGGCUUUGGCAGCCUUCCCGCCACAACGUCAGCUCCCAGUUGAUGGCGGCCCCACCACAGCUUGCGCCGACAACCACGACUCGAUUUCUACCAGACGACAACUUACGAGCGCGCCAUUGAACCAAGCGUCUGUUCAAGAUGUUGCUGCUCGACUACCAGAAUGUGCUGAUACAAUCGGUGUUCACGGAGCGCUUCUCCGGAGCAGCGCCCGUGUCCAUCGAUCAGACCGUCUCCGAUUUCGAUGGCGUCACCUUCCACAUCUCGACCCCCGAGUCGAAAACCAAGAUCAUGGUAUCAAUCCAGAUCCGCUGCUUCCCAGACUUGCUCCGCUACGGCGCCGAGGAGGUCCUCAACCGCGAGUACGGGUCCUACGUUGUCCCGCCAGAACCAGGCUUCGACUUCUCCAUAUUGAUCGACCUGGAGAAUCUGCCCGCUGAGCAGGAGGCACGAGACGAGCUGAUCAAGAGCAUCUCCUUGCUUAAACGCAACGCCAUGGCCGCCCCGUUCGAGCAGGCUUACCAGGAACACUAUCACCUCAAGCAGGAAGCCGCCAAGUUUACCUCCGAGGAAGCGCCCCAAGGCGUGCGUGAGGGCGGCGAGGUCAAGGCGAUCCACUACCGCGAGGAGGAGGCCAUCUAUGUCAAGGCCAGCCACGACCGUGUCACGGUCAUCUUCAGCACAAUUUUUAGAGAGGAGACCGACCGCGUUUUUGGCAAGGUCUUUAUUCAGGAAUUUGUCGACGCCCGCCGCCGCGCCAUUCAAAACGCACCCCAGGUGCUGUUCCGCAACGACCCCCCGCUCGAGCUACAGGGAGUGCCCGGCGUGAAGAACACCGGCACCGGCGAGAUUGGCUACGUAACAUUUGUUCUCUUCCCCCGCCAUCUCACGCCCCAGCGGAUGCCCGAUGUCAUCUCGCAUAUCCAAACCUUCCGUGACUAUUUCCACUACCACAUCAAGGCCUCCAAGGCAUACAUCCACUCCCGCAUGAGACGGCGGACGGCAGACUUCCUCCAGGUUCUCCGCAGAGCCAGGCCAGACAGCGAAGAAAAGGAGCGCAAGACAGCAAGCGGGAGGACCUUCAAGGCGGGGAGCUAAACAAACUCCAGCACAUAUAGACGGACGACGAAUGAUGAUAGCCUGCGCCAUUACAACAAAAAUACUCAUAACUACGUGCUA